AUGCCAAUCUGGGAACAUGUUGGACAUGCACUUGCUGACAGAAAUUCGCCAGUUCGAGUUGCUAAACUAGAUUGCACUCGAUAUACAAAUGUUGCUGCUGCUUUAAAUAUUCGUGGUUAUCCAACUGUCAUUUUUUUUCGUAAUGGUGUUGAAAUGGUUUAUGAUGGUGAACGAAAGAAAGAGGCGCUUGUGGAUUUUGCAAUGAAAGCAUCUGGUCCUAUUGUUUCAAUGAUUGAUUCUGGAGAAGAUUUUUCGAAAAUUUUACAUUCAAUGAACGAGCCAUUUUUUGUCUAUAUCAGCAAUGGAUCUGAUAGUCAAUUAUUUGAUGAAUAUAAUCAUGCUGCUCAAACAUUAUUUUCAUCGACUCGAUUCUAUCAUUCUUCCUCUGUUGAGUUUCUGCCCAGCAACGUUUCUGUAUUUUCAUUACUUCCCACAGUUGUUGUGUUUAAAGACAAUUCAUUCCUUGUUUAUGAUCAUCUAAGAGAUUCUAAUCUGACUGAGUGGAUACACUGUGAACGUUGGUCAUUAAUGCCUUUGAUAACUUCUUCAAAUAUCAAAGAAGUAGGUAAAUUCCGUCUACUCGUCCUUUCCGUUAUUAAUAUGGUUGAAAGGAAGAAUGAUUCGACUAGUGUUGGGAAAUUUCAAUCAGUUAUGACGAAAACAGCUGCAUUAGUGCGUGAGGAUCCACGUUUAUCGUCUUUUUAUCAAUUUGGCUGGCUUGAUGGUAAUGAAUUGGUGAAUAAUAUUAUACUCGGUACUAUGCAUCAACCAGGUCUCGUGGUUUUCAAUGUUUCAAGUUAUGAAUAUUAUCUGAGUGAUGAUAUUCCUAUUGAAAUGACUGUCCAAAGUUUAUUAUCAUUUCUUGAACGUAUUUUAAGUGAUGAUGUAAAGGCACGUGGUGGUCGAUCCCUUCAGCAGCGAAUUAAACGAAUUUUUUAUGAAAUAGCGACAAAUAUAUAUGAUAUGUUCAAAGCACAACCUUUACUCACUGCCUCAUUGUUUGGUGUGCCAAUCGCUUUCCUUUCGUUAAUUACUUAUUGCUUGUGUUCCACAGAUUUUUCUGUAGAUCGUGAUGAAAUUUAUCCUGAUGAAGACGUUUCAGAUACUGAUGGAUCAGAUUAUGAUGGACAUGAGAAAGCAGAAUGA